AUGGGAUGGAGUGAGGGGGCGGAAUUAGCCAUACUCGAGCUAUGGGCAGACCGAGUGGGGGAGCUCCGUGGGCUGCGGAAGAAUGCGCACGUCUACGCGGAGAUGGCAGCGAAUCUCGCAGAGCUUGGGUACACCCACAAUGCCAGGGAUGUGCAAGUUAAAUUGCAAAAUUUUUCGCAGCGCUACAGAAAGGAAACGGCAGAAAUGGGUCCUUCCGGUGGGUCGCCUUCUACAUGGGUGCACUAUGAGAGGAUGCACCAAAUAAUUGGAGGGUUCAAGUCAAAUCUGCACACGGAGCUCACGCUUGAAAGCAUUGAUGACUCAUCAAAAGCAUCGUCAUCCACUGCAUCUGUACCGUCCCCAGGAACACCGUUGCCAUCACCCUCGUCGCCACUGCCCUCACCAGUACCUUCAACAUCAGCGUCGGCUGGAACAAACAAGAAAAUUUAAUUUUCAAGAAAAAUUAUUAGAGAAGUUUGACAAUUUAUCGUCGGACAUUGCCGAACAUCUGAAGAGAACUGAAGAGAAUGAAAAGGAAUUAAUAGAUAUUGAAAGAAAGAAAGCAGAGGUUCAAGAAAGAAUCGCAAAAGAUAAUGAAGAAGUAAAACGAGCCUUAAUAUCUUUUUUAAAUAAGAAUUAAUCUUGUAUUUAAAUAAUAACA